GGCAUCGGCGAACCAUGGCUGGGAUUUUCUAUUUCGUCCUCUUUUCGUUUCUCUUUGGGAUUUCCGACGCUGUCACCGGUUCUAGGGUAUACCCCGCGAAUGAAGUUACCUUAUUGGAUUCCAGAUCUGUUCAGGGAGAGCUUGGGUGGAUAGCAAGCCCUCUGGAAGGAGGGUGGGAAGAAGUGAGCAUUAUGGAUGAGAAAAACACGCCCAUCCGAACCUACCAGGUGUGCAAUGUGAUGGAAGCCAGCCAGAAUAACUGGCUGCGAACUGAUUGGAUCACCCGAGAAGGGGCGCAGAGGGUGUACAUUGAGAUUAAGUUCACUCUGAGGGACUGCAACAGUCUUCCGGGCGUCAUGGGGACUUGCAAGGAGACGUUUAACCUGUACUACUACGAGUCAGACAACGACAAGGAGCGCUUCAUCCGAGAGAGCCAGUUUGGCAAGAUUGAUACCAUCGCAGCUGAUGAGAGCUUCACGCAGGUGGACAUUGGUGACCGAAUCAUGAAGCUCAACACUGAGAUCCGGGAUGUAGGGCCACUGAGCAAGAAGGGCUUUUACCUGGCCUUUCAGGAUGUGGGGGCUUGCAUUGCCCUGGUCUCUGUCCGUGUGUUCUACAAGAAGUGUCCACUGACUGUUCGAAACCUAGCGCAGUUUCCUGAUACCAUCACGGGGGCUGAUACCUCCUCCCUGGUGGAAGUUCGAGGCUCCUGUGUCAACAACUCCGAAGAGAAGGAUGUGCCAAAAAUGUACUGCGGGGCAGAUGGCGAAUGGCUGGUACCCAUUGGCAACUGUCUGUGCAAUGCUGGGCAUGAGGAGCAGAAUGGUGAAUGCCAAGCUUGCAAAAUUGGAUAUUACAAAGCUCUCUCCACGGAUGCCACCUGUGCCAAGUGUCCACCCCACAGCUACUCCGUCUGGGAAGGAGCCACCUCGUGCACCUGUGACCGAGGCUUCUUUAGAGCCGACAACGAUGCUGCGUCUAUGCCCUGCACCCGCCCACCAUCUGCUCCCCUCAACUUGAUUUCCAAUGUCAACGAGACGUCGGUGAACUUGGAAUGGAGCAGUCCUCAGAACACAGGGGGCCGUCAAGACAUUUCUUACAAUGUGGUCUGCAAGAAGUGUGGAGCCGGUGACCCCAGCAAGUGCCGGCCCUGUGGGAGCGGAGUGCACUACACGCCACAGCAGAACGGCCUCAAGACGACUAGAGUCUCCAUCACUGACCUCUUAGCGCACACCAAUUACACCUUUGAGAUCUGGGCAGUGAACGGAGUAUCUAAGUACAACCCCAGCCCGGACCAGUCAGUGUCUGUCACUGUGACAACCAACCAAGCAGCACCAUCAUCCAUUGCUUUGGUCCAGGCUAAAGAAGUCACAAGAUACAGUGUGGCUCUGGCUUGGUUGGAACCAGAUCGGCCAAAUGGAGUAAUCUUAGAAUACGAAGUCAAGUAUUACGAAAAGGAUCAGAAUGAACGAAGCUAUCGCAUAGUUCGGACGGCUGCCAGGAACACGGAUAUCAAAGGCCUGAACCCUCUGACUUCCUAUGUGUUCCACGUGCGAGCCAGGACUGCCGCUGGCUAUGGAGACUUCAGUGAGCCCUUGGAGGUCACUACCAAUACAGUGCCUUCCCGGAUCAUUGGAGACGGCGCCAACUCCACUGUCCUGCUGGUCUCCGUCUCUGGCAGUGUGGUGCUUGUGGUCAUUCUCAUCGCGGCAUUUGUCAUCAGUCGUAGACGGAGUAAGUACAGCAAAGCGAAACAAGAAGCAGACGAAGAGAAACAUUUGAAUCAAGGUGUUAGAACUUACGUGGAUCCCUUUACAUAUGAAGACCCCAACCAGGCAGUUCGAGAAUUUGCCAAAGAAAUCGAUGCAUCCUGCAUUAAAAUCGAAAAAGUCAUAGGAGUUGGUGAAUUUGGAGAAGUCUGCAGUGGGCGUCUCAAGGUGCCGGGCAAGAGAGAGAUCUGUGUGGCUAUCAAGACCCUGAAAGCUGGGUAUACUGACAAGCAAAGGAGGGACUUCCUGAGCGAGGCCAGCAUCAUGGGCCAGUUUGACCACCCAAACAUAAUCCACCUGGAAGGCGUUGUCACCAAAUGUAAACCAGUCAUGAUCAUAACGGAGUACAUGGAGAACGGCUCCCUGGAUGCGUUUCUCAGGAAGAACGACGGCCGAUUUACAGUCAUUCAGCUGGUGGGCAUGCUCCGUGGCAUUGGGUCUGGAAUGAAGUAUUUAUCUGAUAUGAGCUACGUGCAUCGAGACCUGGCUGCCAGGAACAUCCUAGUAAACAGCAACUUGGUCUGCAAGGUGUCUGAUUUUGGCAUGUCCAGGGUGCUGGAGGAUGAUCCCGAAGCGGCCUAUACUACCAGGGGUGGCAAGAUUCCUAUCCGGUGGACUGCACCAGAAGCAAUUGCCUAUCGUAAAUUCACGUCAGCCAGUGACGUAUGGAGCUACGGAAUCGUUAUGUGGGAAGUGAUGUCGUAUGGAGAGAGACCAUACUGGGAUAUGUCCAAUCAAGAUGUGAUUAAAGCCAUCGAGGAAGGCUACCGGCUGCCCCCACCAAUGGACUGCCCCAUUGCCCUCCAUCAGUUAAUGCUGGACUGCUGGCAGAAAGAGAGGAGCGACAGGCCUAAAUUCGGGCAGAUUGUCAACAUGCUGGACAAACUCAUCCGCAAUCCCAACAGCUUGAAGAGGACCGGGCCAGAGAGCUCCAGACCCAACACAGCGUUGCUGGAUCCCAGCUCCCCUGAAUUCUCGGCUGUAGUAUCAGUGGGCGACUGGCUGCAAGCCAUCAAAAUGGACCGGUAUAAGGAUAACUUCACAGCCGCGGGGUACACCACGCUAGAAGCUGUGGUUCACAUGAACCAGGACGACCUGGCAAGAAUUGGCAUCACCACCCUCACACACCAGAAUAAGAUUUUAAGCAGCGUCCAGGCGAUGAGAACCCAAAUGCAGCAGAUACACGGCAGGAUGGUCCCUGUCUGAGCCAGUACUGAAUAGACUCAGAACUCUUGAAAUUAGUUUACCUCAUCCAUGCACUUUAAUUGAAGAACUGCACUUUUUUUACUUCGUCUUCGCCCUCUGAAAUUAAAGGAAAAAAAAAUUACCUGCAGCGUUGCUUGGUGUAUGAGAUUGUUGAAACCGUGGGCUUAC